AUGAACAUUUAUUUCAAAGCGAGGAGAUUUUGUGCAAAACUUUCGAGUGUAAAAAGCUUGUGUAAGCCCAGUGUUAAUAGUCAAACUACACAAGUUGCCAGAAUGGGGUUGUUAUCCGAAGGUAGCCCUCUGUCGUGGGAAGAAACUAAAGCCUUGGCAGAACAUGUCCGGCAACACGGCAUUGAGCAGUUUAUAAACUUGUACAGUAAAUUGCGAGACAGAACUGGAGAUGUUCUCAAGUGGGGUGACGAGGUGGAGUACAUAAUAGUUAAAUUUGAUGAUGAAAACCAACGCGCCACAGUAAGCCUAAGAGCAGAAGAGCUCCUCCCAAAAUUACAAGAAAAAGAAAUGGAAAAUCCGCAAAGUGUUAAAUCCCUGUGGCGGCCUGAAUAUGGCGCGUAUAUGGUCGAAGGUACGCCCGGGAAACCAUAUGGUGGGUUGCUUGCACAUUUCAACAUUGUAGAGGCAAACAUGCAGUAUCGCAGGGCCGAAGCAAGCACAUUAUUGAAAGAUGGAGAAGUCAUAAUGAGCAUUACUAAUUUCCCAAGAUUAGGGUGUCCAAAUUUUACAAGUCCCCCAUACCCACCAACACCAGAUAGUGGAGUCACAAGAUCACUUUUCUUCCCGGACCAUGGCAUAUUUCCUGGUCAUCCUCGUUUUAAAACCCUUACUUCAAACAUUCGCGAGAGAAGGGGAGAGAAGGUGGCCAUAAAUAUACCAGUGUUCAAAGAUGAAAACACGAAAAUUCCUGUGGACAAUUCGCACAUUGCGGAGCCAAAUGCGGCGAAGCCCGACUGCGUGUAUAUGGACGCCAUGGGCUUCGGCAUGGGCUGCUGCUGCCUGCAGCUCACCUUCCAAGCUUGCUGCAUCGUGGAGGCGCGCACGCUCUACGACCAACUGGCGCCCUUGUGCCCCAUCAUGCUGGCACUGUCAGCCGCGUCCCCAGUAUACCGCGGCUUCCUGACCGACGUAGACUGUCGCUGGAACGUCAUCUCCGCAUCAGUAGACUGCCGCACGCGCGAGGAGCGCGGCCUGGAACCGCUGAAGGAAAACAAGUUCCGCAUACAGAAGUCACGAUACGACUCCAUCGAUUCGUACCUGUCGCCGGAACAUGAGAAAUACAACGACAUUCCGAUCGUGCACGACGCCGCCAUCUACCGGCGGCUGCGCGAGGGCGGCAUCGACCACCCGCUGGCGCUGCAUGUCGCUCAUCUCUUCAUCCGCGACUCUGUCUCGCUCUUCUCCGAGAAGGUCAACCAGGACGACACGAAUGAUACUGACCAUUUCGAGAACAUCCAAUCAACGAACUGGCAGACGAUGCGCUUCAAGCCGCCGCCGCCGAACUCGCCGAUCGGCUGGCGCGUGGAGUUCCGCCCGUGCGAGGCGCAGCUGACGGACUUCGAGAACGCCGCCUACGUCUGCUUCGUCGUGCUGCUGACGCGCGUCAUACUCUCCUACAACCUGAACUUUGUUAUGCCGAUUAGCAAGGUGGAUGAGAAUAUGCAGCGCGCACAGCGACGCGACGCGUGCCUGCAGCAGCGCUUCUGGUGGCGCCGCGACGUGGGCGCGCCGCGCGACGUGGCGCCGCACGCCGGCGCGCCCGGCGACUACGCCGAGAUGACCGUCGACGAGAUCGUCAACGGGAAGGAUGGCGUGUUCCCCGGCCUGAUCCCGCUGAUCGAAUCCUACCUAUCUGGAAUGGACGUGGACGCAGACACGCACUGCUCAGUGCAGCAGUACCUCAAGCUGAUCCAGAAGCGCGCGUCGGGCGAGAUCUCCACCAUGGCCACCUGGAUGCGCCGCUUCAUAACCACGCACCCGCAGUACAAGAAAGACUCGGUCGUCACCGAGAAAAUAAACUACGACCUACUGAAGACCGCGCACGGCAUCCAGACCGGCAGCAUUCCGGCGCCCACGCUGCUCGGAAGCAGCACCGCCUCAAAGACCAACGAGGACAUCCCCAAGGCCUUCACCAAGAUGAUGAGCAAGGACUGCCCCUAGCCCCAAAGCAUAGUGCCUUCUGUUUCAACUGUACUCACUUACAAUCGUUAACUUAUGGCCCGGCUACGAAUUGAUACUGACGACUGUAACUGCCACAGUGGCAGUGAACAAAACCAACUUAUUUUAAAUAUGUUCCGUUGUUAGGCGCUUUUCUCGUUGUCAAAUCCAACAAGGGACAUGAUAAUAGAAUAUGGGCAUAUUAUGUACACAGGAUAGUGUCUCUGUUUGCUCCACCUAGGCUGCACGUUUGCUAGGAUGCAAGCGACAAAAUGCAACGCAAAAAGUCAAGCAGCAUGCAAAUAAGGUCCACAUAUCGUUGGUAUAGGUACAGUGCAUACUUCUUCAAUUGAGCAUAGUUCACAUGUCACCUCGAAUCGAUGGAAUAUGCACCCUAUUGCUACCGUAUUCGUGCCAUAUUUUUGUUGUUGCCACUUUUGUUGUAUGUAUUUUGCAUUUCGCCAUUGAAUCCUUGCUUGUGCGCAGUCUUAUUGGUUAUGUAACGUUCGGAGCAGUUCUUUUCUCAAAAGCACAAUUUUUAGAAAUUCGUAGUCCGGUCGUUGGAAUCGCCUUAAUUAUACAUCUGUAUCUUGUACUUAUAUUAUAUAGAUUAUAAUAUAUAUCUAUAUCCUUUGUAUAGCCCGCGUUAGUUAUUGUUAAUAUAAAUCUGUUUAACGGAUAAUCACCGGCGUGUUACGCCGCAUUGAUAUGAAAUUUUAGUCUAGAUUUAUUGUGAUUAUUUUAAUUUUAUCUUGGAUAAUUCAAGAAAUAGUGGCACAUAGGGCAAUUAGUUAACAGGGUAACAUUUAAUACUGUGCGUGACUUAUUUCUCUCAGUAUUUUUAAUAGAUUUACCAUCAGCAGUGAAGACUGAAUUCUAAAUCAAUGAAGACAACUAAAAAACGUCGUGAGGUAUAAUAUCUGUAGUGGUUCCUAAAGCCGAUUAUUUUCUCGCAAUGCACAUGUCACAAUUAUGCUGAAAUCCCCUAAAUAACACAGCUCGUAAUACGCACGCAUAAAAACACAGUUUGCAUCAGAGUGGGAAUCACAACUCAUGUUAUUAAACAUUUGACUGCCGGAAAAAUUGUAUUCGUUUCUAUUUUUCUGAUGUUUAAAAAAUCUUGAACGCUUUUGCUUGAUAGGUACAUACGAUUCGAGAUAAGUGGUAAUCGAAGCUAAACUGGGUUUUAGACAAUCACGUGAAUGUAAAACAAAAGCCAGUAUUUCUUGGAUUAUAAGGGGGUAGAUAUAGUUUUAGUAACGGAAUACCUUAAACAUUCGUUCCUUUUAUUAUGCUAAAUAUUAUAUCGCAGACAGCUUAACCAUCCACUAAUAAAUAGAAAACAUAUAAAAGUGUUAGUAGGUAUUAUGUACACAAGAAUCAUCAAUAAUUUAGUACAAAUUAACUUGUCGUUAUUGACAGACUGUUAACAUGAAAUACAGGGAUAUCAACAAUCAAUUUAACAGCAGAACUGAGGACUUUUGAGGACAUCGCAUGAAAUAUUUGCCCUGUAUACAAUAUAAGCAUUUAGGACAGUAUUAUAUUUGUUUAAUGUUUCAUAAUAUACAUAGUUCCUGACACUAAGAGAGCAAUGAUGAGCCUGGUUGUGACUAGUAAGUGAGAAAAAAGAGUAUGCAAUGCUAAAUAUUAUAUGGCUAAGUACUCGGGGUGGUUAAUGUGGCUAUGAAUUUACUAUACUCUCCAGUUUUAUGCAUUACCAAAUGGAAGAUUCUUAUUAUCAAUUCAUGUUACCAUUCUAACUGACAUAAUUUGUGAUUUUUAUUAUUUUUACUGUGUUCUUGAGUUUGGACCAAAUGUGGUUUGUUUGUGAUUAAUGAAUUCUGAAUGUGUUGAGAUAUCGAGUGGUUUAUUAUGUUGACUCAAAGAAUUAAAAAAAGACAAGAAUUUAUGUGCGAGAAUAAUAUUAACUGUUUGAGAUAUUAUAUGACAUGCAAAUUACGUUAUUGUGAUUCAUUUUUGACUGAUUGUUACAAAUGUGUCGUAAAAUCGUUAAUGAUGGAAUAUGGUUGUAGUUAAAUAACUCCUAAAAUAGUAUAUUAUAUCGUAUUCAUUUUAUUCGAUUUUAAUGUAAGCACAAAUUAUUUCAUGUUUAGGUACAUUUAAAACCAAUCAUGUUUUAAAAUGAUGAAACCAGUGCAAUCCAUUCAAACCUUGCAUUAUUUUUACAAUAUGUUGUUAUGUUUUGUUUAAUUUUAGGCAUUAUUUUAUGUAUCAAAAAUAAUACACAUGUAAUGAAAUUA